ACACUUUAAGCCCAUAAGUAAUAAAAAGAAAAAUAUCAAAGAGAAAAGAGAAAGACCAUCAACAACAAAAUUAUGAAGAUCACCACUUUAACAGGCUUGUGUCUUUUGCUCUCUCAGUUGGGGUAUGCCAGAGAUAUGGUGUGUUACUUCACCAACUGGUCCCAGUACAGACCUGGGACUGGAAAGUACCUUCCUGCCAAUGUAGACCCUUUCCUGUGUACUCAUCUGAUAUAUGCCUUCUCCAUGAUAAACCAUGCAAAUGAGCUUGUCACAUAUGAAUGGAAUGAUGAGACUCUCUACAAGUCCUUCAACGAGCUAAAGCACAGAAAUCCCCAUCUGAGAACUCUUUUAGCUGUUGGUGGUUGGAACUUUGGCUCCUAUCAGUUCUCCAUCAUGGUAUCCACACCGGCCAACCGUCAGAAGUUUAUACAAUCAUCUAUUAGUUUUCUACGCAUUUAUGGCUUUGACGGCUUGGACAUUGAUUGGGAGUACCCUGGUUCUCGUGGGAGCCCCGCAGAGGAUAAACAGAGAUUCACACUCCUAUGCAAGGAGCUUCUUGAGGCUUAUGAGGUUGAGAGCAAAGAAACAGGACGUCGUAGAUUAUUGGUCACAGCUGCAGUGGCUGCUGGAAAAGGCACAAUCGAUGCUGGCUAUGAAAUUGCUGAGAUCGCUAAGUACUUGGACUUUAUCAAUGUGAUGACAUAUGACUUCCAUGGGACUUGGGAAACUUUCACAGGACACAACAGCCCCUUGUACCGUGGCGAGCAUGACACAGGAGAUUUAGUUUAUUUUAACACAGAUUUUGCCAUGAAUUACUGGAAGGACAAUGGAACCCCUGUAGAGAAACUCAGGAUGGGUUUCGCCACAUAUGGACGCACAUUCCGCCUGACAUCACCAUCUAAUGGUGUUGGUUCUUCAGCUAAUGGGCCUGCUUCAGCUGGACCCUAUACUCGUGAAGCUGGCUUCUGGUCCUACUAUGAAAUAUGUACUUUCUUACAAGGAACCACCAUUGAAUGGAUUGCAGAUCAGAAGGUACCAUAUGCCAGCAAAGGAAAUGAGUGGGUGGGAUUUGACACACAGGAGAGCUUUGCUAUCAAGGUACACUAUUUGAAGGAAAACAAUUUUGGAGGGGCAUUUGUCUGGGCCCUGGACCUGGAUGACUUUGCUGGACAGUUUUGUGGUCAGGGGAACUAUCCACUUAUGAGCCAUUUACACAAACUUCUUGACAUUGAACUACCUCCCUUGCCACCAACCACUACCCUAAAACCUGGGAUGACAAUCAGAACCACUAUUAGCACAACCACCACCACAACAACCCAUGAGCCAGGAACUGGCUUUUGUGCUGGUAAACCUGAUGGUUUAUAUCCAAAUGAAGAAGAGGCUAACUGCUUCUACGAUUGUGCAGGAGGCAGAACUUAUUACAGAAAUUGUGGUCCUGGCACAGUUUUCAGUGACAGCUGCAAGUGCUGCACAUGGCCGUAGAGGAGACAAAUGGUCCUGGCACAUUAUAGAAUGUAAUGAAGUUUACUCAGUAUAUGUCAGUGACAUGUAUACAGUUAAAACACUUUAAGGGGAUUGCAGAAUAAUUUUGAGUUUGACUGCUCUAAACCAAAAGAUCUCUGUAAAUCCUCACACUUCUUAAUAAGAAACCUGAAAGAAAACAUGAAAAUGAUGCUGCCCAUUUUUAUCCCAAGAAAAUUUCUAUUUGAAAUAUCAGUAUGAUGUUUUCUGCUUUAUAAAUAUUCAAAUAUUUUCACAAAUAAGUAUGAAAAUUAUAAGAUUUAUAAAGGAAACCAUUUCCUUUCAAUAUUAUA